GGCGCGGCUGCCGGCCGGCUGCUGGAGGCCCGGGGCCGGGCCCGCGCCGCGAUGGCCCUGGUGACCCUGCAGCGCUCUCCCACACCCAGCGCCGCAUCGUCCUCCGCCAGCAACAGCGAGUUGGAGGCUGGCAGCGAUGAGGAACGGAAGUUGAACCUCAGCUUGAGCGAGAGCUUUUUCAUGGUCAAAGGAGCCGCUCUCUUCCUGCAGCAGGGGAACAGCGCUCAGGGCCAGCGGAGUCUUCAGCACCCUCACAAGCAUGCAGGUGAUCUGCCUCAGCACCUUCAAGUGAUGAUCAACCUCCUACGCUGUGAAGACAGAAUCAAGCUGGCCGUGCGUCUUGAGAGCGUCUGGACCGACCGUGUCCGCUACAUGGUUGUGGUGUACACCAGCGGGCGCCAGGACACCGAGGAGAACAUUUUGCUGGGAGUUGACUUUUCCAGUAAGGAGAGCAAAAGCUGCACCAUUGGGAUGGUUCUUCGCCUGUGGAGCGACACCAAGAUCCACCUUGAUGGGGAUGGUGGGUUCAGUGUGAGCACAGCCGGCAGGAUGCACGUCUUCAAGCCCGUGUCUGUCCAGGCCAUGUGGUCUGCCCUCCAAGUGCUUCACAAGGCCUGUGAAGUGGCACGGAGGCACAACUACUUCCCUGGUGGGGUGGCGCUCAUCUGGGCCACCUACUAUGAGAGCUGCAUUGGCUCUGAGCAGAGCUGCAUCAAUGAGUGGAAUGCCAUGCAGGAUCUGGAGUCCACGAGACCCGACUCCCCAGCCCUGUUUGUGGACAAGCCAACUGAGGGGGAAAGAACUGAGCGUCUCAUUAAAGCCAAGCUCCGGAGCAUCAUGAUGAGCCAGGACCUUGAAAAUGUGACUUCUAAGGAAAUCCGCAAUGAGCUGGAGAAGCAAAUGAACUGUAACCUGAAAGAAUUCAAGGAGUUCAUCGAUAACGAGAUGUUGCUUAUCUUGGGCCAGAUGGACAAACCCUCCCUUAUCUUCGACCAUCUUUAUCUUGGUUCCGAGUGGAAUGCAUCCAAUCUGGAAGAGCUGCAGGGCUCAGGGGUUGACUACAUUUUAAAUGUCACUAGAGAAAUAGACAAUUUUUUCCCUGGCUUAUUUGCAUACCAUAACAUCCGAGUCUACGAUGAGGAGACCACAGACCUCCUCGCCCACUGGAAUGAAGCCUAUCAUUUUAUAAACAAAGCGAAAAGAAAUCAUUCCAAGUGCCUGGUCCAUUGCAAAAUGGGCGUCAGCCGAUCUGCAUCCACGGUCAUAGCCUAUGCGAUGAAGGAAUUUGGCUGGCCUCUGGAGAAAGCGUAUAACUAUGUGAAGCAGAAGCGUAGCAUCACGCGGCCCAACGCAGGCUUUAUGAGGCAGCUGUCUGAGUAUGAAGGCAUCCUGGAUGCAAGUAAGCAGCGGCACAACAAGCUGUGGCGCCAGCAGCCUGCAGAUGACCCUGCAGCAGAGCCCAGCGAGCUCUUGCCAGAGACCCUGGAUGAUGCCCUGGACACCCGGCUGCCGUGCUUGGAUGACACCACCCAGCCCGGGCUUGCAGGAAGCCAGGCCCCAGGAGGACCCUCUCUCCCUUGUUGUUUCCGAAGACUCUCAGAUCCCCUUCUCCUCCCCCAUCACGAUGCCGCAGGCAGCCUGGUCCACCUAGAGGAUCUGGAGCAGGAUGCUCUGCUGGAGGACGCCGCUCAGCCAGUGGAGGUGCACAGACUGGUCCAGCAUUCCCAAGAAGGAGCCAGGCACUGUGAGAAGGAUGUGAAGAAGAAGCUAGACUUCAGGAGCCCCAAAGCCCGCGGUGGCUCCUUGCCACAGGCGGGGGAGAUGGAGAAGAAGUGUGACCAGAGAGCUGGGAGGUGGAGGCGGGCCUCCACCCAGCUUGACCAGGAAAACCUAAACAAUAACAACAGCAAGAGGAGCUGCCCCGAUGACUUUGAGCACGAUGCUGUGUUUGGAAUCCUCAGUAAAGUGAAGCCUUCCUACACAUCCUGUGCUGACUGCAUGUACCCUGUUGGCGGGGCUCCUGAGGCCUCCACAGAACAGCACGAAGACCCCAGUGCUCCCGCCAUCUGCACCCAGCCAGCCUUCCUGCCCCAUGGCGCAUCUUCCCCUAUGGUCCACACGAGCUGCAGGUCCCAAGCUCCAGAGAGGCUGGCCUCUGGUCCAGCCAGCGCUCCUCCAUUCCUACUACCAGCAGGCUCGAGGAAGCCAGUCAUCAGUGGCUCUGGAACUGGGGCUUCCCCAGAACCACCAGCAAGCCUUCUAGAGCCUUCAAGAGAAACCUCAAAAAUCCUUCCAAAGUCACUCCUGUUAAAGAAUUCUCACUGUGAUAAGAACAUCGCCAACAUGGAAGCAAUGAAGGAAGAAUUGUCAACUAAGAAAGAAACGAAGCCAGCUAAGGACCUGAGGCUUCUGUUCAGUAAUGAGGCAGAGAAGCCGAGCACUAAUAGCUACCUGAUGCAGCAUCAGGAGUCCAUCAUCCAGCUGCAGAAGGCGGGCCUGGUUCGAAAGCACACCAAAGAACUAGAGAGGUUGAAGAGUCUGCCUUCAGACCUACCGUCUACCUGCAGGGACAAUGCCACCAGCAGGCUGGAGGCUAGCAUCCCUGAGGAGGGCCAAGAGCCUGGACACCUAGCCCUGUGCAGCCAAGCAGGGGCUGAUGAGAAACCUCCAGAAGGAGCCUUGGUGAAGAGCCCGACUCCUACCCUCCUCCGCCUAGAUCACACCAGUAACUUCUCAAAAGACUUCCUGAAGACCGUGUGCUACACCCCCACCUCCUCCUCCAUGAGUUCCAACCUGACCCGGAGCUCCAGCAGCGACAGCAUCCACAGUAUCCGAGGAAAGCCAGGCCUUGUGAAGCAGCGGGCACAGGAGAUCGAGACACGACUCCGGCUGGCGGGUCUCACUGUGUCGUCCCCACUGAAACGUUCCCACUCCCUCGCCAAGCUGGGAAGUCUCAACUUCUCCACGGAGGACCUGUCCAGUGAGGCUGACACUUCCACCAUCGCCGACUCACAGGAUGCCAAGUACGGUCACUCUUCCUUCUUGCACGAACCGCAGGCCACUCUGAGGGACCCCACUGCAGCCUGUAAACCAUCAGGGAAAUCUGUCCCAGAAAACUUGAGAAGCUGAGCAGCAUUCCGCCAUGCGGGCGGAGGUUCUCACGGUGUCCUGGUCACACACGUCACACACGUCUUGAUUUGCGUUAGCUUCAGUUAUCCAGGCUUUCCUCACUCUUGCCAAAGAGCAGGGGGGACAAAGAAGUAACACCGCACACAUGAAGGAGACCCAGAACGGGCUUGGGCACCUGGAGACUCAGCUAGGAGACAGCACUGAGCCUCAAGCCCUGUCUGUGGGAAGAUAUGGACACACAGGCUGGGGCUGUGUCUUGGUUGUUAGAGUCUUGCCCACCCUGCACCAUGCCCUAGGUUUCAUCCCCAGCACCCCAUGAAACCAGGCAUGGUAGGACACCCCUAUAAUCCCAUUACUGAAGUUGGAGGCAUUUGGAAGUUUGAAGUCAUUCUCAGCUAUGUAGUGAGUUUAGACCAGCCUGGUGGAGAGAAGAUAAGUCUGUACAUACAAAAUAUUUUAAUGUGCAGCCUGUGAGAGAAGAGCCAUGGUAAUGUCUCUGCAGCCCAUGUCCCCAGUUCGUUCCUGCCCUCAAGGGAGAAUUCUCAGAUAACAACACAAGUUCUACCUCUGUUCUCACUGUGUGUUUUUAAAAUAGUAAUGACCCAGACUCGUUCUGAGGAACAAUGCUGUGUCUGAAAAGGGUUUUUCCAAGAGAAUCGUGGGGGGGUUGGAGGGUGAGGUCCCCCCAAAGUGUCAAGACUUUGAACCUGACCAUCCCAGGUACAGUUGUGUGACAUCAUCAGAGGAAAGCACUGAGUGGCAGUCGUCUGUGUGACCCUCCGUCCUGGCACCUAUGGUGGGGAUGUGGGGCCUUCAGUCAGCUUCUAGCAUCGAGCUUCCAUCACUCAGUCAUGAGGAAGGACUCCAGGCAUCGCUGUGCCACCUCUGCUGCUAACAAGACAUUGUUAUGUUUGGGAUUGGGAUGAGCUCAUGUCCAUGAGGUUGUGGGUCUGGGGUGUGGAUCGUCCUACUGAGACACUGUGGCCAUCCCCUGCCCUCUCACACCAGGCUUGUUAGGUGCCAUCUCUACAUCCGGUGAGAGGAAGGUCAUGUCAGUAACGGGAUACUCUCGGGGGCCCUCUCCAGGAGCCACUGUUGGAGUGGUGGGUCUGUUGACAAAGCCUCACAGAUGUUUGCAUGCAUCUCUUCCUGCAGGGCGAGUACUCCCUCCUGUCCAAAUGAUGCUCCCUCUUCUCCAGCUCCCCCAUACGGGCCACAACACAGGUGUUAGCACAGGUUAGCUCAAUGCAGCAGGAGGCCAGGGCUCUGGGUUCAAAUCAGGCACCUUAACUGGUGCCCAUAAAGAAGACAGUGACUGCAGGAUGCCAGGAGGGAGGGAGGGCCUGGUUUGGUGAUUGGCAGACUAGGAUGUGCCACCCUGUGAGCUGAGCAUGACUUCUCCUCUGAUUUAUUUUGUUUCUGCUGUGGAAAUGGUGUAUUGGGGGUUUGGGUUUUUUGAGAUU